UGUUUCCGGGUGAAGAGGACAGGAAAGAGGUACGGCUGUCAUUCAACUUUUAACAAACACCGUCCCAUUCCUCUUAAACAACGCAUGUUUUUGCACAGUUUUAACAGCCUGUGAGCAGCGAACGGAUUUUUUACGUAUCUUCCCACAAACUGUCUGAGCUGCUAAACGCUGAUUGACAUGGCAGCCAAUGGAGCAAGCUGCGAGCAGCCUCAGAAACGAGCAGGAGCUAAAGAUAAACAGAACGGCAAGUCUACAGACGCAUCAAUAAGAGAGAAGCGACAGGCGGAUAAGGAGGAGCGCCUGUCUCUGGUGUUAUGGAGGAGGCCUGUUAUCACACUACAUUACUUCCUUCUAGAGACCCUCAUCAAGUUAAAGGAACUGACAUUUAAGCUCUGGCAGCGACGAGGUGCAGUGUUCUUAGUUUUGGUGUUAUUUUCACUCUUCUCCAUCGCCUACUCCACUGAGGGGGCACACCAAGAAUAUGUCCAGUACCUGGAGAAGAGGUUCCUAUGGUGUGCCUACUGGGUAGGCCUUGGGAUCCUGUCCUCAGUGGGCCUUGGGACUGGCCUGCACACAUUUCUUCUCUAUCUGGGUCCUCACAUAGCAUCAGUAACCCUGGCAGCAUACGAGUGUGGUUCCACAGACUUCCCAGAACCUCCGUACCCAGACCAGAUUGUGUGUCCCGAAGUUGAAGGGCUGGAGGGAAGCAUUUCUCUCUUUUCAAUCAUGUCAAAGGUUCGCCUGGAGGCCUGCAUGUGGGGUGCAGGCACUGCCAUCGGAGAGCUACCUCCAUAUUUCAUGGCCCGAGCAGCUCGUCAGUCAGGCGCUGACCCAGAUGAUGAAGACUAUGAGGAGUUCGAGGAGAUGCUGGAGCAGGCUGAGAGUGCUCAGGAUUUUGUCACAAGAGCAAAAUUGGGAGUCCAGCACAUGGUGCAGAAAGUGGGAUUCUUUGGGAUUUUGGCUUGUGCCUCAAUCCCUAAUCCUCUUUUUGACUUGGCUGGAAUAACCUGCGGGCAUUUCAUGGUUCCCUUCUGGACCUUCUUUGGAGCAACUCUGAUUGGGAAAGCCAUCAUUAAGAUGCACAUACAGAAACUUUUUGUUAUCAUUACCUUCAGCAAGCACAUAGUGGAACAAAUGGUGUUACUCAUUGGGUCUGUGCCCAAAGUGGGACCAUCACUCCAGAAGCCCUUCAGUCAGUACCUGGACGCACAGAGGAACAAGCUGCACCAUGCUGGGAAAAGUGCACCAGCGGAUGAGAACUGGCUGUCAUGGGUGUUUGAGAAGGUGGUGCUGGUCAUGGUCUGCUACUUUGUCAUUUCCAUCGUCAACUCCAUGGCCCAGAGCUAUGUCAAGCGACUGCAGCAGCAGAAGCACUCUGAGGAGAAGACCAAGUGAUGACGUGACAAAAACAGUACAAACAUCCCAACUAACUGUGUUUCCGCUGCUGCUGAGAGCCCUCCAACUCUGCCCCAGCCGCUCAACUUAACAACAAACCUCACCCUCAUCCAUUGUCCACGAGGCCGAACGCUCAAAAAAGAAAAGCAGGCACUAUCUGUUGGUGUGUGCUUUUUGAGGAUGUAUGUGCUGUUUACUGUUUGUCCCUCUUCAGGUUUUGUAGUUCUUCCUCUCAUCUCACUCUCUAGGUGUGCGUAGUGCGACUGCUGAUCUUACUUUUAACGUUAGAUUAACCCAUUCAUUGACCUCAGAAGUAAAGCUGCGGUUUGGUGGUGACUGCUGUGUUACGGGCAGGGCCCAUCAGAUGCUAUGCCUUAUGCAAGAUGGGAAGGCCUGACUUCCCUUGAAUACAGUUGAUGACUAAUAGACUUGAUUUUUAUUUAAUUUUGUUACGUUGAUGUAUGAAUGGACUUGGAUUUGUUUGUACAGCGUGCUGCCAAGAUAACUGCUAUGGAUGGUCUUUUUGUUUGUUUGUUUCUGGAAUUGUCAACUUAAAUAGAUGGAGAAAAAAGCAAUAUCAACUUAAAACAUGUGGUAUUGAUGGUUUGCACAUUGUGUAAAUAUCUUAAUAUCUUUUUGACAGUAUGCUCAGAUGUAUUUCUAUUCUAAUGGUCUGUGUGGACAUGAGUCAACUUGAACCAAAACAAAAAAGAAAAAGUGAUAUCAUUUGUAAAGUGACAUUGUACUCUCAGCUAAAUAGUCCCCAUUUCUAUUCUGUACAUUUAGGUUGGACCUUGGAUCGGAUCAUAUAUAAAAACAUGUCAAUCGUGGCACUUUUCCAA